AUGUCCUCCUCGAAUGCAACCCUAUAUUACACGGCCAUCGAUGAAAUGUUCCAAGAACUGUUGGUUGACACCAACGACGAGGAGCAGUUGUCAACUGUGGAAAAUGAGGAGGAGUCGCCUCUGAUAGUCACACCGAAGCGCACAGUGCGAUUACGCAAAUUAAAUCUGUUUGCCAAGGAUGCGGAGGAGUUUGUCAUCUGUCGACGCCUCCCGAUGCCUGACGCCCAGGUUGAGUUAUCGCCCCGCCGACGGCAGUUACGUAAGGAGCGACAGGCAAAUGAUUUGUGGCAACUGCGCCGCCAGCGUUGUGAGAUGGAGCAAAGGAAGACAGUGCGACGCCUAACGAUGAGAAUUUGA